AUGGCGGAACUUCCUCCGGGACUAGGUUUCGAUCCACUCGUCAUUGAUCUCUACAAGAUGCAAUCGCUUCUUUGCCUUGGUGUUGCCUUUCUUUGUAUUGUACACAGAGGGUCUUCAACUGACCAGUAUCAGGUGAUGGAAGAUAUAUUAAAAAGAAUAUUUCGCCAGAUGACAGAUGACACGGAUGACAUUCAAGAAAACCAGAUUGAUUUAAACAGUGUCGACGAAGGACUAACCCUCUAUUUAUGCUUUAAGGCAAAUGGAAUCAAAAAGAUAGCAAGACAAUUCAAGCUGCUGGAUGGUGACCUCAGCGAUUCCGUUAGUUUUGAGGAAUUCGAGAAAGGCCUGGUUGGACAACAGUGUGAUGUAGCUGCAGAUGAAAAGCAUCAAUUGUUUCAAUCGCUAGAUUCAGAUGACAGUGGUUUACUUGAGUUUGAAGAAUUCCUCCUUGCUUUGCGGCCACCUAUGUCGGAAACAAGGAAAGGUGUGGUCUUGGAAGCAUUCAACAAAGCGGACAGAAACGGAGAUGGAUUAUUUGAUAUAGAUGAUCUUAAAAUAGAGCAUAGAAAUCCUCAUGGUGGUGAACUCACAGCAAAUGAGAUUAUAAAAUUUCUCAACGGGUUGGAAGAACCAAAUAGUAAAGAUGGAGAAGUCACACCUAAAGAGUUUGUGAAUUAUUAUUCGAAGAUCAGUUCUUCUAUUGAUAACGACAACGAUUUUACUAUUCUUAUUAGUAAUGUAUGGGACUUCUGAGGAAAGACCCUGGGACUCACCUGAUGCAGUAUCUCAAGUUCAAACGUUGCAAUAGACUUAAAACUGUCAUUGCUCUUUGAUAAGGAAAUAUAACACCCGAACUACAUCUAAAUUAUCUUUUAUUCAGAUGUUAUUGUUCAAAACAAACAAAGAAUAAACGGUUGUCAUCUGGCAACCAGACGACUUGGUAGGCCAUGCAUAAAAACUACAAUUUAUCCUUGGUUCAUUUUCUCUGCAAAUAUCAGUUAUAGAUGGCUCGCUAC